GCCGGUUUCACUCCUGCACAGAAGUUCACUGCUUCUCCUCCCUCUUACAAGCUAUUUCAGAAAAUGAAAGUGAACCAUGGUGCCAUUGAAGCGAAGAAGAGUCACUGGGAACAUUGGGGCUGACAGCAGUGGAGAUUAUCCACCAACCAAGUUCCCCCAGGUCUUUCUAUUCCUGUUGGAAAGGAAAAUGGGAGCCAGUCGCAGAGCUUUCCUGUCUCAGCUGGGUCGAAAGAAAGGAUUUAGAGUGGAGGAAUUGUUCAGUCAAAGCAUCACACACGUCAUUUCUGAAAACAACUCUGGUGAUGAGGUCAGUACGUGGCUGGACUCACAGCACACGGCUCAGGGCCGAGCUCCGUUUCACCUGCUGGACAUCAGCUGGUUCACAGAGAGCAUGCACGCAGGCCAUCCUGUUCCAAUCCUGGACAGACACAUACUACAGCAGCAACAGGUUGAUGACGCAGAGGUUGUGGUGUUCUCAGUGCCCAGCUACGCCUGUCAGAGAAGAACCACUCCGGACGACAAUAACAGCCUCCUCACCGAUGCUUUGUCCCUCCUGGCUGAAAACGCUGAGCUCAGUAACCAGGAGGGGCGAGGUGUUGCGUUUCGCCGGGCUGCCGCCGUGUUGAAGGCUCUCCCUAAACCGGUGACGUGUAUGACACAGCUCAGAGGGCUGCCCUGUCUCGGAGGACAUUCACUGAGAGUCAUAAAAGACAUUUUGGAUAAUGGAGCAUCUAGUGAGGUCGAAUCUAUGAAGCAAUGUGAGCGGUAUAAAGCUCGAAAGGUUUUAACAGGUGUUUUUGGAGUUGGACCAAAAACAGCAGACCGAUGGAUCCGAGAUGGGAUACACACUCUUCACCAGUUACGGGAUUCAGGACACUCACUCAAUCGAACCCAACAAACAGGUGUGGAGCACUAUGACGACCUCAAUCAGCUGGUCUCUAAGGCGGAGGCUGACGCUGUUGAAGAGAUCGUGGCAAAAGCCGUCGUUUCUGUGUUACCAGGAGCACAGAUUACUCUGACGGGAGGAUUCAGGAGAGGAAAGCUGACGGGUCAUGAUGUUGACUUCCUCAUAACCCACCCUGAGGAAGGCAGGGAGGAGGGACUGAUGUCUAAAGUGGUGUCCUGGCUGGAGUCACAGGGUUUCCUGCUCUACCAGACAACAACAAGAAACUCUUACCUGGAGUCAAAGGACGGCCCUGCUCGAUUGGCCUCCAACAUGGACCGCUUUGAGAGGUGUUUCUCCAUCUUCAAACUGGCCAAGGAGGAGAAACGGGAAACAAAACAGCCAGAGACACAGGGAGAAACUGGAUUACAGAAUACAGUAGAGGGGCCUUGCAGUGUUGGAGGCCACACGCAGAUACAAAGUGCGGACUCGAGUCUGCAGACGGAUCAUACUUCACAGAGUCAGAUUCACCCUGGCGAACAGAGCUCCUGUGAAGAUGGAGGACUAAAACCUGCUGGACACAAGCCGUGGAGAGCUGUGAGAGUGGACCUGGUGGUUUCUCCUUUCAGCCAGUUUGCUUUUGCUCUGCUGGGCUGGACGGGAUCGAAGUUGUUUGAGAGAGAGCUGCGACGUUGGGCUGGACAGGAAAAGGCCAUGUCUCUAAACAGCCAUGCUCUAUAUGACAACACACAGAAGAGGUAUCUUAAAGCCACAUCAGAGGAAGAGAUAUUUGCUCAUCUCGGCCUAGAGUUCAUUCCUCCGUCAGAGAGAAACGCCUGAGGGGACCUGAGGAGAAUCUGCAGCAGGAGGGCCAAGCAGGUACCAUGUGAGGAAUAUCACCUGGAGAAGGAAAGGUUAACGUAGCCUUCAAAUGGGGUGGAAGAGUGGGGGGGUGAGUUAAUCAGAUGCCAGAACACUGUAUGUUUGUUGUACUAUGAGGCGGAAUUUUCCAUCCUGAGGGAUCGGAUCACAAGUACACCUACUAGUAAAAGUGUACGACACACUGCAUCCCACAAAAUGGUCAUACAGUUAAUCAACACCUGUAAACAAAACCCACCUUUGUGACCUUCAUGACGUUCCUGAAGAACGGUUUAUUACAGCUGCUAGUUUUAGCUAAACGUGCCAAAUGACCAUCAACCAUUUACUUCCACCUCUGUCAUAUGAGUGUGUCAUAGAAUGUGAAUUAUUUUCUAUACACUGACCCGUGCAAUCUGCUUUUUUCUCUGAUUAUAUUUAUAUAUAAAUGAUUAAUUAACUCAGCCUUAAAGGCCCCAUCACAAAAAAAAUGCAUAUUCCCAGAUUGCAUCCUGUAUCCCUGUGUUAAAGUCACCAGUGCUGCUCAUUGUGGGGACUGUUGGGUUUUCUCUAGAAACUAAAGGUCUCAACCUUAUUAUGUCAUGAGAAGGCUCUUAAAUUGGACUAAACAGAAUAUCUUAUAUUAUAAUCGAUUCUUCAUUUUUGCCAUGGACUUUUG